AUGGGUGACUGGAAUGCGAGGGUAGGCAAUGAUAUCACAAUAGGACAUGGAUGCCUAGGAAAGCAUGGAGCAGAGUCGGUAAUGAAUGGUAGUGGCAAGAGAAUGCUGGAGUUCUGUGUGGAUAACGAUCUGUUAGUUGGAAAUUCCUUCUUUCCCCAUAAAAGUAUCCAUAAAAUCACAUUCGAAUCACCCAACAGAGGAGUCAAAAGUGCAAUUGACUAUUUUGUAUACUCAAGGCACUUCAGAUAUGCGGUAACGGAUGUGAGGGUGUACAGGAGUGCGGAGCUCAGUACAGAGCACAAACUAUUGAUUAUGGACACACAAAUUAGACCUCCAAAGAAGUAUAAAUCUGUCAAGUAUGAGAAAAUAAAGAUAAUGGAAUUGAAGAAGGCAGAGAACAGAAGAGAAUAUCAAAGGCUAAUAACUGAGGAGCUCUUGAGGAAGGAGGAAGAAAUUGAUGGAAGCUCAGAAGAGAAUAUUGAGAAGAGAUGGUGCCUACUGAAGAAGUCGCUGUUGAGAGUUGCAGAGGAAGUGUGUGGAAAGACAGUAGUGGGAGAGCAUGUAAAAAGAACCAAGUGGUGGAACGAUUUGGUGAAAGAGAAGGUUCGACUGAAGAAGGAGGCAUGGAAAAAGUUUCUCAGAACUAAAAAUGCAGAUGAUUGGACUGAAGACACAGAUGAUUGGACAAAGACGAAGAGAAUCCAAACAAGAAGUAAGAAAGGCUAA